AUGGCUCAGUCACCAUUUCUCCAGAGAGCACGAGCUGCGGCGGCAUCAUACGGGGGAGUGAUGGCCGCUUUCUUAAGGCAUUCACUGCGAACCUUGGAGGGGGUUCGAUCACUCGUGCAGAGCUGGCUGGUAUUGUGUAUGGGUUUGAUCUCGCCUGGGAACAGGGAGCCAGGAAGGUGA